CUGCUACACUCAUGAUGAGUGAGUAAAACCCUCAAAAAAAAAAAAAAAGAAAAAAAACAAAACCAGAGGAAGAAUUAGCGAUGAGCAACAACGGCAAACGGAAGCCGGUGAACGAAGAAGAAGACGACGACGAAGAAGACGGAAACGAGAGAGAUCUCGAAGCAUGGGAGAAAGCAUACGCCGAUGAAAGAUCAUGGGAGUCACUCCAGGAAGACGAAUCUGGACUCCUUCGUCCCAUCGACAAUCAAGCGUUGCAUCACGCGCAGUAUCGCCGUCGCCUCCGCUCACUCUCCUCCGCCUCAGCCGCCUCACGUAUUCAAAAGGGUCUUAUUCGCUAUCUCUACCUUGUUAUCGAUCUAUCUAAGGCAGCUGGAGAGAUGGAUUUACGCCCAAGCCGAAUGGUGGUAGUUGCUAAACAAGUAGAGGCUUUCAUACGCGAGUUCUUUGACCAAAACCCGUUAAGUCAAAUCGGUCUAGUAGUUAUAAAAGACGGGGUCGCUCAGUGCUUAACUGAUCUCGGCGGCAGUCCCGAGUCUCACAUCAAAGCCCUAAUGGGAAAACUCGGGUGCUCGGGUGAAGCGUCCCUUCAAAACGCUUUAGAACUUGUACACGAGCAACUAAAUCAAAUCCCGUCGUACGGUCAUCGGGAAGUUAUUAUUUUGUAUUCGGCUUUGAGUACUUGUGAUCCCGGAGAUGUGAUGGAGACCAUUCAGAAGUGCAAGAAAUCGAAGAUUAGGUGUUCGGUUAUUGGUCUCUCUGCGGAAAUUUAUAUAUGCAAGUAUUUAUGCCAAGAGACCGGAGGAUUAUACUCCGUUGCUUUGGAUGAGGCGCAUUUAAAGGAUCUAAUAUUAGAGCAUGCGCCGCCACCACCAGCUAUAGCGGAAUUCGCUAUAGCUAAUUUAAUAAAAAUGGGAUUCCCACAAAGAGCCGCGGAGGGUGUUAUCUCUAUAUGUUCAUGCCAUAAAGAAGCUAAAUUUGGCGGAGGGUACAUUUGUCCAAGAUGCAAAGCGCGUGUUUGUGAGCUACCAACCGAGUGUCGUAUUUGUGGUUUGACACUUGUUUCCUCUCCACAUUUGGCACGGUCGUAUCACCAUUUGUUUCCCGUAACACCUUUUGACGAUGUUGCCCCUAUGCUUGUGCCUAAUCAACAUCGUCGACCGAAGAGUUGUUUCGGUUGUCAACAGUCUCUUUUGAAUCCUGGAAACAUGCCGGUUCGUUGUGUUACUUGCCCUAAAUGCAAACAAUUCUUUUGCCUUGAUUGUGACAUAUACAUUCAUGAGAGUUUGCAUAACUGUCCGGGGUGCGAAAGCUUACGAGACUCCAAAUCGGUUAAUUGAUUUUAGUUUUAAAACCGGAGAAAUGAUGCAUGAAAUUUGUGUAUUCCAUUUUGUUUGUUGUUCUUAUAUGCUGCCUUCUGAACCGUUCUUUAUAUCGUGUAACUUGUAAGCAUGGUUACUGAUAGGAUUUUGAUCCAGAAGAACAAGGGAUUUUUACUUUUUUUCUUUGUUAUAUUUAUUUAGACGAAAGAUUUCGUUGAGUUUCUAAA